AUGAAGUACGUGACAAGCGAAGCAUUUGGAAUGAGGAGGUGGACGAAUAUCGGUAAAGACUAAGGUUUCGAGCCUGAUGUUGUGACUUACGGUAUCAUCAUCAAUGCGCAUUGCAAGGCUAAGAAGCAUGAUGAAGCUAUUAGAUUCUUCAAUGAGAUGGAACAGAGGAAUUGCAAGCCAAGUCCACACAUUUUCUGCAGUCUGAUCAAUGGGCUUGGCUCAGAGAAAAAACUGACACAAGCUCUCGAGUUCUUCGAGAGAUCAAAGAGUUCUGGGUUUCCUCUUGAAGCUCCAACUUACAAUGCACUAGUUGGAGCUUAUUGCUGGUCAAAGCGAAUGGAAGACGCGUUCAAGGUCGUGGAAGAGAUGAGAUCAAAAGGAGUUGGUCCAAAUGCAAGAACGUAUGAUAUAAUCUUGCAUCAUCUGAUCCGAAUGCAGAGGACGAAAGAAGCUUAUGAAGUUUAUCAGAAGAUGAGUUGUGAACCGACGGUGAGUACUUACGAGAUCAUGGUGAGGAUGUUCUGCAACAAAGAGAGAUUGGAUAUGGCGAUCAAAAUUUGGGAUGAGAUGAGAGGAAAAGGUGUUCUUCCUGGGAUGCAUAUGUUCUCGAGUUUGAUCACAGCUAUGUGUCAUGAGAACAAAUUAGACGAGGCUUGUGAGUAUUUUAAUGAGAUGUUGGAUGUGGGUAUUAAGGCACCGGGACAUAUGUUUAGCUGUCUUAAACAAGCGCUUCUCGAUGAAGGCCGGAAAGAUAAAGUCGUGGAUUUGGCUGUGAAGAUGGAUAGGCUGAGAAAAACUCAACUUCUUAGCUGA